AUUGUUGGUUUUAUAAUUGGAGCAACUCCUCAACUUAAAAAAGCAAUGAUCGGUGAAAAUGCUCCUCUUCGCAUGGCUCGUGACUCCUUCACGUUACUAGGCAAUGGCACCAUCCCAAGUCUCAUACUUAUAACAGGAGGAAAUCUCAUCAAAGGUUUCAAUGGCCCGGGGAUCAAAAUCUCCAUCAUCGCCGGCAUCAUCGUCGUUCGAUUCAUUGCUUUGCCGAUCAUCGGCACAACUUUCAUUCAGUUUGCAGUUCAUUUUGGUUUAGUUCAUUCUGACCCAUUAUAUCACUUGGUUCUAUAUCUUCAGAAUGCUGUUCCACCUGCAAUGAAUAUUGCUUCUAUGAUACAAAUGUUUGAUGCUGGUGAAGGAGAACUGUCUGUAAUUUUUCUUUGGUCAUAUAUUGCAGCUUCUGUAGGACUUACGCUUUGGUCCAUGUUGUUCUUAUGGCUUGUUUCAUAAAUACUUAAUUGCUUUGUGUAAUUAAGAGAUUUGCAUUUAUAGAUUGUGCUAAGCGUUUUUGAACAUGAAUGCUGUUCUUAUGACUAUUACAAAUUUUUAUUUUUUUGGAAAAGCCAGACCAUUGUCAAUAAGC